AUAAAACAAAUAACAGCCCCAGCUUGUCUCGUACAAGAAAAACAAAAGAAAAACAAGUAUUUCAAAAUAAAUAAACAGCAGUGUAACAACUUGUCACUGUCCGUGAAUCAGAGCUCACUAAAUACCCAGUGCCCGUUACCAAGGAAACAGAGUUAAGCAAAUCAAUGAAGCAAGUGUCAUUAGAAUGGGAGGGCAUACCUCUCUCCCUCCCUUCCUCUCUCUCUCUCUCUCCCUCUCUCCCUCUGUCUCUCUCUCUCCCUCACUCUCCCUCUCUCUCUCCGUCUCUCUCUCUCUCCCUCACUCUCCCUCUCUCCCUCUCCCUCUCCCUCUCUCUGUCCCUCCCUCUCUCUCUGUCUCUCUCUCUCCCUCUUCCUCCCUCUCUCUCUCACACACACACAUGCUGACAAUCAUAGUCUAAGAAGGUGCAGGCUGAACAGACAUUUGGCUGUUUCAGCUUCUCUGUGUUAGGGGUCCUGAAGGCUCACCUCACACUGGACCAGGGGACCCCUUCACCCUCUCCGCACUGUGCCUCCGCGUGCUGCAGACCUGCACUGGGGUCUGGGGCUCCAGUCCUGAGGGAGGCUGGUCAGUGAGCAGGGAGUGAAGGCAGUUUCUGUGGUGUUUGGAUGAUGAUUUGUGUGGUGGGUAUGCAGUGUGAGGAGAGCGCUCCAGCAUGAACCUGGAAGGGCUUGAGAUGAUCGCAGUGCUGGUGGUGCUGGGGCUCUUUGUUAAGGUGCUGGAACAGUUCGGGCUUUUCGAACCCAUCGGAGUGGAAGACAGCACAGAGGAUGAUUUUGAACUCUCCACUGUGUGCUAUCGCCCAGAGGGACUUGACAAGCUUCAGGAGCAAACCAAGUUCACCAAAAAAGAGCUGCAGGUCCUCUACCGGGGAUUCAAGAAUGAGUGUCCCAGCGGUGUGGUCAAUGAGGAGACCUUCAAGCUGAUUUAUUCCCAGUUCUUCCCCCAAGGAGAUUCAAGUACAUACGCACACUUCCUGUUUGACGCUUUUGACACUGACAAAAAUGGAUCUAUCAGCUUUGAGGAUUUUGUCAUGGGGCUGUCCAUCAUCCUUAGAGGCACCAUUAAUGACCGUCUAAACUGGGCUUUCAACCUCUACGAUCUCAACAAGGACGGCUGCAUCACCAAAGAGGAGAUGAUAGCUAUAAUGAAAUCGAUCUACGACAUGAUGGGGAAAUGCACCUCCCCCUGCAUGCAGGAUGAUACACACAGGGAACAUGUGGAGUCCUUCUUUCAGAAAAUGGACAGGAAUAACGAUGGGGUUGUGACAAUAGAAGAGUUCAUCGAAUCAUGUCAGAAGGAUGAAAACAUCAUGAGGUCCAUGCAGCUGUUUGACAAUGUUAUCUAGAGGAAGUCCUGGAGAGAGCCGGGUCCCUCCCGUGGCACUGCCCUCCUGGGAGACUCUGGGCUUUUAUUUUUCACACAAGAGCCAUUGGGAGAGGUGACAUGGGAACAAAUAUUUAAGCUAAACCCGGAACAUUAAGAAAGAAAAGGGGAUGGAUUUUUAAAAAGCUUUUUGCUGGCUGGAUUUCAGGGCCUCUCCUUUGAAAAUCUGGGACAAUUCGGGCACUGCAAGAGGUGUCAUGAAAAAUCAACAAAUCCAUAGUCAUGUUACCGUAGCACUGCAGACAGAAUUACAAUAACUCCUUCAUUUUACAUAGCAUGAGAUUAUCACAUCCACUCUAGCAAUCUGUUAGUAAUUGAAAGGAUACUCCAAAGCCUGCUUAAUGAACUUUGUGUUGAUAUAUUAUUAUUAUUAUUAUUAUUUAUUUCUUAGCAGACACCCUUAUCCAGGGCGACUUACAAUUGUUACAAGAUAUCACAUUAUUUUUUACAUACAAUUACAUUAUUUUUUACACAUUAUUUUUUACAUACAAUCACCAAUUUAUACAGUUGGGAUUUUACUGGAGCAAUCUAGGUAAAGUACCUUGCUCAAGGGUACAGCAGCAGUGUCCCCCACCUGGGAUUGAACCCACAACCCUCCGGUCAAGAGUCCAGAGCCCUAACCACUACUCCACACUGCUGCUAGAUACAUGGCUAGAUACCUCAGCUACUGCAUCAGGCUUAAUAAACAUGACAGAAUGAAAUUAGCUGCGGCCCCCAAAUGGAAACACUGGUCUUUAAAGAUCAAUGGGUAGAAAUGUAUUAAUAAUCAAUAUCUUGAUCCCCCCCUUUUCAAAUUCACAUACAUGACAAAUGCCCUAAGUUAUGUGAUAUCAUUGCACUAGUUGUGUGAUAUCGAUACACUAGUUGUGUGAUGUCAUUGCACUAGUUGUGAUAUCAUUGGACUAGUUAUGUGAUGUCGUUGCACUAGUUGUGAUAUCGUUGCACUAGUUGUGUGAUGUCAUUGCACUAGUUGUGAUAUCGUUGCACUAGUUGUGUGAUGUCAUUGCUCUAGUUGUGAUAUCGUUGCACUAGUUGUGUGAUGUCAUUGCUCUAGUUGUGUGAUAUGAAUGCACAGGUCUUUCCUCUCAUAGUAGAGAACACUGCCUCUAACUCCCCACCCAGCAGCUGCAUUGCUGUGAAGUCACAUUUAUUAUAUGUACUUUUGUUACAUUUUUUAUGCAGGUUUUAAAGCGCUGUUUUUGAGUAGACUGAAAGAUGACAUCUCUUGUUAAAGACCAAUUAAACAAACAAACCCAAAACAAACCAAUGUGUGACGGUUGUGUUCAUCAGUAGAAAUUGUCUCAUUUCCUGGCAUGGUUCUUGUCAGUAGGAAUUGGUCGUAGGCAUGGACUCCAUUGAGACUAGUGUUCUAGUAGAGCAGGAGCCUCUACCGGCUCCGAACCUUCUCAAAUAUCUUGGACUACGGUCAGUAAUGGGGAAAUGUCAUACUACAGUCCCUUUGGUGUCCGUGCCAUGUGCACCCCACCCUCCCCAGAGUGCUUCAGAGCUGCAGCAAAUCCUCCAGUAAAGAUGAGCGAGAUCCUGGCGGCUGUAUAUGCGCAUGCACUGUUUCUAUAGCAUUGGAAAUGAGUAGCUCACUGGAUGUCAGUGUGUCGAGUUAUCAACUCUCUACCGGCUGCUUUGCAUUUCAAAUAUGUAUAUUUUGUACAGAGAAAUAAAAUCAGUUGCUAUGCACCACUGUUGCAAGUCUGUU